GGGCUCGUGAGCCUGUACAUUAGCGCAUAGCCUAUGUGCCUCAGACAUGCCCAGUGCUUGUUUCAGAUCCUAGGGGAGAUGAGUUGCUAGUCAAUGAUUUUUGCAACCUCUUCACUGACAAUGGUGAUGCCUUUCUCGGCACCAGAUAGAAGCUUCUGCAGUCCCUUGUUUUGAAGGGGUAAAAACAAUAUGGUAUACUUGACACAAAAUCUAUUCUGGAUAGUGAAGAGGCAGAGAAAUAACAUCACUAUGGCAGAGGUGUUUUUGCUCCUGCUGCUGCUUGCGAGGCUCCGAGCCCAUGGGCCAAGCUGCAUCACACUUUGCAGUUCCCAGCACCCCCUCCUAUAAGAAAUAUCCAGUGUGCAACAUCCCAUUCAAUCCCAAACUAGCAUCACUUGUAUUACAGGCCCUUCCAAAAGUGACACCAGAGAAGAUCCAAAGCUCUCCAAAGGACCAUACCUGUUAUCGAGUUCACUUUCCUCGAGCAGGGUCCUUCCAGUGCUCUGUGACAGGCCUUGCCUUUGAGGUGAACACGGCAGUGACCAUCCAGUACAGAUAUGCCUCCUGGAACAGGCAUCUGAGUGCAGCUGCCCAGGAGGAAUGGGUGGUCGCCGGACCCUUGUUCAACAUCGAGGUGCAGCCUGGAGCCGUGGGUGCUGUGCAUCUCCCCCACUUUGUGUGCCUAGCAGAAGAUGUAGAUGUUAGCAACUGCACAAUUGCCCAUUUUAAAACUCAGAGGAUGACCCUAGAGAAACCAACAAAACUGAACGCUUUCUAUGCUGUCCUGGAAAAUCCCAGCUUCUCACUGCUUGGGGUGCUUUGGCGAAGGUUACGUUCAACCUUAAAUUCACUCCCCAUGCAUUCCUUGGUGCUGAUCUUUCAGCAGCUCAGUGCUGCAAAUACAACUCUUCACCUCUACCUGAUCCCAGAUGACAACUCUGUGAAGCAGGCCAUUGAAAAACAAGAAAUGAACUGGAAUUCAAAGCUUAUUCCCAAGCCUCCUCCUCUGAGCCCUCUGUUCUUUGGCUGCAGUUACCAAGUCUCCAGUACGCCUCAUGUGGUGAUAACACCUGAACCACACUUGCCAUUUUGCUACAAGAGUCCAAAGGAACAGCAGCUCUUUAUUGAGAUCUACAUCAGGAAUAUGGCAGAGGAAAUUUGGCUCCAUAUAACAGAUGGACGCAAUGGCACACUGGUCUGGAAGGCGUCACUGAGAUCAGGUGAUAUUAAUCCUCCCACCUCCUGUGUCUCCUGCACCCUUACAGGUGCAGCCUUCAUGAAGAAGCACAAGAAGGAGCUUUGUCAUAGGAUGGGGAGGAUCUCCCCUAUUCUGCUACACUUACGGGAUGCAAACAUAAUCAACAGUGAUGAAGAAGAGGAGGUACAAAGUCAAAAUAUGAAUCGAAAGAAGAACCAAGUUUUGCUGCAGCUAGUUGAGAAAAAAGGUGCUGAGGCCCAAGAGCAGCUCUACAGGAUUCUCCGGGAAAAAGACCUAUUCCUCAUCACAGACUUAGAGAAGUCUAGCUAGGCUGGGCAAAACAGACAGCUUCUGCUUCCACGGUCCAGCAUAAGGGAGCAACAGAAGGGUAGUCAGGCAAAAGGAGGGGUUUAUCAUUGCCUGAAUCUCAACCUCUCAGUCCAAAAUCAGUGGUGCAAAGCAGCAGUAAAGUCUGCUGAACUAUCUGGUCUUAUGCCUGCCGUGUUUAGCUGAAUCACUUGCCAGCAAGGGAAGACCACUGUCAUGCUGUUCCUCCAGUAAGAAGCUGCUGGAACUAGCCCCAAGGAGAAGAGACCUUGAUUCCUUAUCUAGCACCACUGCCACAGAGCUUUCUGCCUCCCUGAGACAGGGCCCUUGCCCUCUCCAGAGAGCCUCCAGCCAGCUCCUAGCAGAGAAGCCUCCUAUCACAACAAGGUGCUUCAACUUCAGCCUCUGUCUUCAAGGUCUGGAAAGGUCUUCACAGUCGAGGAACCUCUUGUUGCUGGAAGAGGUGAGCUGCUUUACCAUACAGAACUGUUCACAAAGGCCUGUUCUUAUGCACAAGACAAAGCAAGCCACAGUUAUAAACACAUAUCAGUGUUCAGUCUUCUCCUUGUUUCCUUCCAGCCUAGUCUUC